UGGGGUGCGAUUUUGUAGCAAUUCUAUUACUUUUUCCAUGCCUUUUGCCGCCAUCACUGAGCAGCCAUUGGUCGAAAAUGACCGGGCCGCGCCCAUUUUGUCUGUCAAUCACGCGACGUCAGGAACCCGCAAAAACUGUAAUCGUCAUCGUGACGUUGAGGCACUCAUUAUGCGGAGCAAAAGGCACGGAUUUUUGGAACGGCCAGAGGCAGGGUCGUUUCCGAAGGCAUGAAAAAAAUGGCCGCCCCUCUGAUCGCUAUGGCCGUGGCUCUUCGCCGUCGCCGACGUGAACAGGGAGAGCCAGACGACGCGUUUGACAUGCCGGAUGACCAUUUUCGACGGCGUUUUCGCCUCUCGAAGGGAACGGUGCGGUUGUUGUGCGAGGAACUGGCGGGGGAACUAGAAGCUGAGCGAGCGACGGGACUGUCGGUGGAGCGGAAAGUGUUGUGUGCGCUGCGCUUCUUUGCUACCGGGAGCUUCCAAGCGUCCGUUGGGAGCGAGGAGACGAUCCGUGUGUCGCAGUCGACGGUGAGCGAGUGCGUGCGACGUGUGGCAGAGGCUGUCGUGAACGCAGGGGCCCGCAACAAGUGGGUCCAUUUUCCAAAGACAGCCGAGGAAAAGGCAGCCGUGAAGGAGGGUUUCCUUCGGCGCGGCGUUAUCCCCGGCGUCAUCGGAUGCGUAGACGGCAGCCUCAUAGCCAUCAUCGCACCCAAGGGUGAGCGCAAGGCUGUGUUCAUGUGCCGCAAGGGAUACUACGCCCUCAACUGCAUGUUCAUCUGCGACGCGGACAUGAAAAUCUUGGCCUUGGACCCUAUGCGACCGGGGUCGGACCACGACGCUUUUGUCUGGCGGACGACAUGGUUGCGCCGGCGGUUCCAAGCGGGGCGCAUCGUGAAUGCCGGGGAAUACCUCCUCGGUGACAGUGGCUACCCCUUGGAGCCGUGGCUCCUUACCCCGGUUCCUGGCCAUCCUCCAGUGCACACAGCCGAGGGGCAGUACAACACAGCACAUGCCGCCAUGCGUUCCGUAGUGGAGAGGUGCAUUGGGCUCUUAAAGAGCCGUUUCCGCUGUCUUCAGCGAUAUCGCACCCUCCUCUACGAGCCGGAACGUGCAGCCAACAUUGUCGCGGCAUGUGCUGUGUUGCACAACCUUCGCCUUUCUGAAGGCGACGAGUCAGGCGAUGACAGUGAUGACGACAGCAGCAGCGGCAGUAGUAGUAGUGAGCUUGACAAUAACGGCGACCCCAUGCCACACAGUCUGCCCCGUAACACGGGCUCUAGAAUGCACUACUUGAGAGGGCGGGCUGUUCGCGACAAUGUCAUUGGCAUGUUUGGAACAACCCGUGCGCAGCACAUGCGUUAUUUGAGGAGCGUGCGGCGGCAGCUGCGACGUCAACAGCAGCGUCAGCAUCGUUAGGUGCAUGCACACAGUUUUAAGUAAUUGCAUUGUGCAUUUCAUGCUGUGAAAUUGCAGAUACAUUUCCCGUGCUAAGUUGUAGUUGAUGUCUGCGUAAUGCAAAGCAUUCAUGAUUUGUUGAGAAAUGUAAAAGUUGUUAAAAAAAUUAAAUUAUGGGCUUUUACGUGCCACAACCACUUUCCGAUUAUGAGGCACGCCGUAGUGGAGGGCUCCGGAAAUUUCGACCACCUGGGGUUCUUUGACGUGCACCUAAAUCUAAGUACACGGGUGUUUUCGCAAUGCAGCCGCCGUGGCCGGGAUUCGAUCCCUCGUGCUCAGCAGCCUAACACCAUAGCCACUGAGCAACCACGGUGGGUACAUAAAAGUUGUGUAGUGAAGGGUUAUGUAAAGCCUGCACUUAUAGUAAGUAAAACAGUAUCGUUAGAGGUGACAUGAGAUUGAAAGCAAGCUAAAAAUAAGUGCAUAUUCAAAGUGUCUGCCACAAUUUGCUUGCUGCUGCUGUCGUCAUCUAGAUGCAUGUAGCCCGAUUCUUACUCGUAUCCCCUUACGCAUUGAUGGACAUAAGCACCUGUCUCCUCACUUUCUACUAGCACAGAGAAGCUCACAGAAGCCAAGAUGUACAGUGCACGUCACACCUUCCGCUCCAUGGAACGUGCUGUUGCACGCGCAGCUUCUAGGUCCUCCACCAUUUUGUCUCGCAACAACGGCAAAGUUCCUUUCGAGUGACGAAAAUGCCGUCCAACUGGUCAUCCGACAUGUCAAACGCUGUGGCUCCCGUGAAGUGUGUGCACGCACGAGCAGUUGAUAGAUUUUAACAAAGUGACCUCACUUGUAUAUAGCAGAACUCAGCAAUGUUAAUCAGUAAUAUUUGUACAGUGCAAGCUAGCACUAGAAAUGUGGUUGCGAUGUGUAAAUAAAAGCACUAGAGGAAAACUGCA